AGGUAUUGCUCAUUUUGCGGAGCGGCAGCCCCAUUCAUAGGGCUAGUAGGCAGGCAGGCAAAGCGCAGGAGCGGCCAAACACCAUCACCGACGUAGUGUGCGAGCCAAAUGAUGGUCUCUCACUGAACAACACCAGGCCAGGUUCGACUGCGCGAUCGCUACCAGCCGCUGCGACAUCGGACCAAGUCAAACCGAAACCAUCCUGUCAGGAAUGGGAUUUGAAUGUCUUGAUUGAAUACUGGAGGUCCUCUCCUGCGCUCUCGACCUGCCGCGGAAAUAGAAAGACUUCCUAGUCGCCUGGAUCCUCAUCGCUGCCGCAAACCGGCCACUCUCCCUCGGCUCAUUUAACCCAGGCUGUCCGCGGACCACUGGCUCUGGCAUCUGGACACAUCGGAACCGGUCUAUCCGUCGUUGAAGAUACGGAAACGUGCCUGUGUGUGCUUUUGCUGCCUGUAUAAUGCCGACACAUUUGCGGAUCCGGAGAAGGUCAUUCCUUGGGCUUUUAUUCCUUUUUUCACUGUCCACCUCCGCAUUGUAUUUCAUCUACUCCGCCCCCGGAAUCGUGAAUGAGUAUGUGUUCAUGGUCCAAGCCAGAGGGAUCCAGAUCAGAGAGAACGUGAAGAACAUCGGGGCUCAGGUUCUGGAGCAGGUGGUGAGAGGAGCAUACAGCAUCAAUGGCACAGAUUAUGCCUAUGACUUCAACGUGAGCGAGAGUGAUGCUCCUUCCACCACAUACCUCCCUGAGGGCUUCACCUACCUCCCCUCUCAGAUUUGCCCUGAGAGGCUGCCCUCCAUGAAGGGCAGGUUACAGGUGAAUAUGAGUGAGGUGUCUUUGGAGGAGGUGGAGAGAUCCUUGCUGGAGGAAGAGCCUAACGUGGUCCCAGGAGGCUACUGGAAGCCCAAAGACUGUUUACCUCGCUGGAAGGUGGCAAUCCUAGUCCCGUUCAGAAACCGACAUGAACACUUACCCAUUCUCCUGAGACACCUGGUGCCAGUGCUGAAAAAACAGAGACUCCAGUUUGCCUUUUAUGUCAUAGAGCAGGGAGGCACGGAGCCAUUUAACCGAGCCAUGUUGUUCAACGUGGGCUACAAGGAGGCCAUGAAGGACCUGGACUGGGACUGCUUGGUCUUCCACGACGUGGACCACCUCAUGGAGAACGACAGGAACUAUUAUGGCUGCACAGACAUGCCCCGACACUUUGCAGUCAAACUCGACAAGUACUCCUACAUGCUUCCGUAUAAUGAGUUCUUUGGUGGUGUCAGUGGCCUGACGGUGAAGCAGUUCAAAAAGAUUAAUGGAUUUCCUAAUGCAUUCUGGGGCUGGGGAGGAGAGGACGAUGACCUCUGGAACAGGGUGCGGUUUGCCAAUUACAGCGUAAGCAGACCACAUGGAGAGCAGGGACGCUACAUGUCAAUUCCACAUCACCAUCGCGGGGAGGUCCAGUUCCUGGGAAGGUAUAGUCUACUACGUCACUCAAAGGAGAGACAGAAAGUGGAUGGCCUCAACAACCUAAACUACUCCCCCCUAGUGUCCAGGAGGCCUCUCUACACCAACAUCACAGUCAGCUUGAGCAGAAAGCUUGCACCCAUAGCUGACUACUGACGUAGGAACAGCUGGACUGCAAAAACACCUGGGAAUCAAAGUCCUCUGGGACAUCAGCCAUAUCUCACCAGUUGCAGCACUGCUUAGGACUUUUUAGUUGAUUGAUUCUUUGCUUUUUUUCUUUUGUUUGUAUGCAAAAAAAAUAUAUAUACAGGAGACUCAAAUAAGUAUGUUGGAUAAAUCUUAAAAAAGAAAUUAAGGAUAAAUGCUGCACUUGCUUGUGCCACAGUCCAUCACUCCUCUCAUCUGGGCUUAUCUAGUCUUCAGUCUCCACAUGCCUUUUGCACCAUUUUGGCCUUCAGCAUCCAUUCAUUCAUCCAUUUUCUUAUUCAGUCAAAGAUUAACUCAGCCCUACACAAUUGUACUUGUUAAUGAAAAUAGGUUAUGAUACACGAACACACACACACACACACACAUGCACACAACAGUUUGACUAACACGUGCUGACCUGGUCCCUGAGGCUUUGAUUUACUUUUUUUUUUUUUUUACUUUGCUCUUGCACUUCUUCUUUUCAUAAAUGCAGUAAGCCUGUGAAAACAUUUGCAUGCACACACACACACGACCACACAACAACUUUUAACCGCAUGGACUCUUGCAGCUGGUUCUGCAGAAGGGUUGCCAAAUCUACAAGUGAAGAGAGCGAGAGAAAAUGCUAUGACGAGUGAGUGUUUUCAGUCAUGUAUACUGUAUGUGAAAUAGUCUAUCCUAACCUUAGAGAAUAUUAAUACCUUAAUCAUCUCUCACCGACUAUAUUUUGUCCUGUGAACAUACCAUUUUAAAGACUGUGAUGUUUGUGUUUGCGUAGUUGCAUUGGAUGUUCUGGCUGCCUGCAUGUGGCUGUAUGUUGGAGAGCAAUGCUCCUCCUAUUAGCAAUAAGCUGUAAUAUCAGACAGCAGAACUUAGACCUGACUUCCUCACUAUACAGAUGCAAUAGCAUGGGUGCUAGCAUACCCUGAUUGGACGACAGAAAAGGAGUGACUGCGUAUGUAAACUUCACAUUCAACAUACCUUUGCCUAAGCAAACAUGCCACCCCUUUUCAAACCUGCGUGUGUCUGCGUGCGUGUCUGUGUGUGUAUAUAAGUGAGGGAGAGCUAUGCAAAUGGCCUGUAUAUAUCCUGUUGUCAGUGUAAGGUCUUCAGGGUGACCUCCAGGAGACUUCACCCCUGAAUCUGUGACCGACUGACCUCACUUUGUGGUGUGCAAGUCCAGGCCAGGGAGAGAUAAACAGUUUUAUUUUUUAGAUCCCACAUCCUUAAUGUUUACUCACCUUCUUCUUCUUCUUCUUUUUUUUUUUUUCCGGGAGAAUUGGAGGUAGAGAAUACUUGAUUGCUGUCACCGUCACUUGUGUUUACAGAAGCUUUUGCUUUGUUAUUUUUCAGAUUGACUAGUGUUUGUAAUACUGUUAGCCAGCCCUCCUCCACUGUGGGUGCUGUGAGAACUGUAUCUUUACAACAACCAAUCUAAUGGCUGCCUUUAUUUUUUUAACUGACACUUCUUUACCUAGACGAGGAUAGGACAAAAUGCUUAUCUUAGACAUCAGGUGUUAAACCACUGAUUAGCUUUGUUGGCUUGUUGCCAGGCUUUGGUCAGUGAGGUUGUUUGUGUAAAUCAGACUUCAGGAUGUUGGUCUAAGUCGAGUGUCCGGUUCGGUGGCAUGCAGCCUAACACCGUGCAUUGACACAGACUGACAGCACUCUGGCAGUACACAGCAGUUGCUAUAAUGUUCCCUUCUCUGGUUUGUGUGUUUGACAGUGUUGAUUUUGAGUAAAAUAUCCCAAUACUGUAAACGUAGUUCCUUUUUAAAGAAACAAAAACAUACAGACACUCUCUCCUCACUGUCUGUCCUCUAGUCAUGCAGCUACUUCAUUUCACACAAAUCGCCUUGUAUGCAUUUCUUAAGAUGUAUCUUUUCGGGGGGAAACGUGGGUGGUUGACAAACUGUUGUGUUCCCACAAUGAAAUAACAAGUAAAGAGGCUGGACCUCGUUUUAUUUAUUUGACCUUUUAUGAAUUAUUUUCUGUAAUUGUUCAGUUUUAAUUUUUUUUUUUUUUCUUGCGGUUGAUGUGAUGAUGUAGUAGGUGACAUAUGACAGACUGUGUUAGAUGCACUGAAACUUGUAGUAAUGUGUAUUUAUGUGGGAUUGUGAGGUUCAGGUCUGUGUAAAUGGGUAGGCGUUCCAUUUCAUUUCUAUGAAACCGAACGCGACCUGUAGCCUGGUGUGUAUUAAUCUGCUGAACAGACACGUUGGAGGCGGCCAUUUUGUGUGACAACCACAGGAAGAGCAAGACACCUAAUCAGAAGAAUGCUAGUGGCCAUUUUCUUCCACCGGGCACCUCCUUUUAUACUAAUUGAUAAUCAAUGGUGCUGACCUUCCAGAGCUCCCUGUGAGGGAGUCUCUCUCUACGUGCUUACUGGAAGCCAAUCUCAACAUCGUAAAGGCAAGUAUCGACAGGCAAAACAUCCCUCCAACCUGCACAUAAGUGGCAUAGAUAUCCAGUGAUUUUUUUCAUCCAUACAUUUAAAAAAAAAAAAAAAAAAAAACCUGCUACCUUUUCAUCCUGCCAGGUGAAGCUAAUUUGUGUUUUUGUUGCUCUGGUUCAUCACCACAAACAGAAGCACGUGUUUACCUCCUAGCCAAUCACCCAGGAGGUGCCCGGUGGAAGUCGUGGUCACUGGCGGCAUUUGUGUUAAGUUUUCUUUUCCAUGUGUGUUUGAGUGAAAUGGCUAAACCUUACAGAGGUCUAACUGUCCUCCUUCUAGACUUUGAGGUGUUUUUUUUAAUUUUGUUUUAUUUUGUUUUCCAGCACUGAUAUGAAAUGAUUUAUAGUGACCUGGUUGUGGAAAACACAACAGGUGUUUUUUCUAGUUCUUGACACUUACAUGACACACUGUAUAUUAUCUUUUAUUUUUUUUCAUUGCUUUAAAUUAAAAGCUAGAUGGACAUAUAGCAAAAGCCAAAUGGUUUUAGUUUUUGAGUGUUCGGGUGAAGAUUCAGACCCGGAGUGACCUCUCAAUAUAGAGAGGCCCUCUGGAUGACGUAUAUACUCUUAGAGUCAGUAUUAGGCUCUAUACUCCACAAUAUAGAACGAGCAGCUUCAUCAGCCAUAAUCAACAAGAUGGGUUUUCUGACUACUAGACAGGUUUGUCCACUCUGACGAAGUAACAGGCAAAUCAGUCAGCGCUCUCUUGCUUGUUUAAACCAGGAAAUGGUUUUUCGGUUUGUGAUGAGAGCCUGCUGGCUCGUCUUGUCCCGGUUAUAUGUGUAUAUAUACUGUUCACGGUCUCGAUCUAGACCAAGACCAAGCCUGCUGCUCUCUAACGAGGCUUCAUUGUACCAUAAUCUCACCUGCUCUGAUCCAUUCUGUACCAGUUUAAAUGAAGGGACCAUUUUUUGGGCAUCUGACAAGACUGGCAGCCUUAAAGCUUCUUAAUUUAUUGCAGUGGGUUUUAUUUGUUUUUUUGUUUUUUUUCACAUGUUUUUUCUUUUUUAUAAGCAAAAAUAUUUAAAUAUGAAAAAAGUGCAUAUCAAGAAAAACGAUCAUUGUAAAUAUUGUGUGUAGUGUUUUAGAAAUUCUAUAAGGUCUUAAAUCACUACAGAUGCUAGCAUAAAGAACAAGGCUUUUGGAGGGAUUUGGCUGGGGGUUUAUCCGGUGCCAUUUAAAUGCUAGUGAAGCUUACACAGCGACAUCAGUGUUGUUACAUCACCGCUUCCCAGCACAGCCUUUUUGUUGAAAUUAAAAAUAUAUUCCAUGAAUCUUAGAUUCCUCUCACAAUCUCCGAGGUGUUCUGCAUUCCAGAGGCCUCCCUAUACUUAAUAUGCUGGAGCAGUAGAAGAGACAUAUCAUGGCAGACAUUGGCAUCAAUCUUCAGACGAAGUUCUGUGUCCUUGUUUCUGCGUGUGAUGUCACUUUGAUAGUGACAGCAGUUGGGGUAAGGUGUAGGUCAAAGGAAAGCACUGCGGGAUAGCAAUGUGUCAGCCAAAAACACCAUAUGCUUACAAUGCAAUGAAACACAGGCACCCAAACCAGCGACACAAUCCACUCUAAAAUCUACAGAGAUUCAUUUUUUUGUAUGAAAGCUAACUAUUAAAAAAAAAACAGAUACAGAUGACUAAAUUUAAAAUAUUUCUUCUCUGAUUGUAAGGAGAGCAGCUCUCCUUGAAUUGAAGCCAUUUGAAGCCACUUGUCAAAACUUGAUGUCAGCCUUAUGUGGAUCUGUUUGUGUAUCGGCAUAUUAUCUUUUGAUUAUUGAAAUUUGUAUGAUGGAGAUUUUCUUUUAUACCAUCAUUGUUAUUGUCAGAGUACACCAAUAAAACGAAACUUGUAAAGAUACAGUA